AUGGCGUGGCGGCGGCGGCCCGAGGCCCGCGGCGCGCUGGCGCUGCUGGCGCUGGCCCUGUGCGCUCCCGGGGCCCGGGGCCGGGCUCUCGAGUGGUUCUCGGCUGUGGUGAGCACCGAGUACGUGGACCCGCAGACCAACCGGAGCGUGAGGAGCGUCUCGGAGAGCGGCCGCUUCGGCGACAGCUCGCCCAAGGAGGGCGCGCGGGGCCUGGUGGGCGUCCCGCGCGCGGAGGACCGCGACCCCGAGGGUUGCGAGGCCGGCACUCGCUUCCUCGUGCCAGGCGGCCGGGGCGCCGCGCCCUGGGUCGCGCUGGUGGCGCGCGGGGGCUGCACCUUCAAGGAGAAGGUGUUGGCGGCGGCACGGAGGAACGCCUCGGCGGUGGUCCUGUACAACGAGGAGCGCCACGGCAACCUCACCGCGCCCAUGUCCCACGCGGGAACAGGAAACAUAGUGGUCAUUAUGGUUAGUUACCCAAAAGGAAGAGAAAUUGUGGAACUUGUGCAAAAGGACAUUCCGGUCACCGUUACCAUCGGGGUGGGCACCCGGCACGUCCAGGAGUUCAUCAGCGGUCAGUCCGUGGUGUUUGUGGCCAUUGCCUUCAUCACCAUGAUGAUUAUCUCGUUGGCCUGGCUAAUAUUUUACUAUAUACAGCGCUUCCUAUACACCGGCUCACAGUUCGGAAGUCAGAGCCAUAGAAAAGAAACAAAGAAAGUUAUUGGGCAGCUUCCUCUUCAUACUGUAAAGCAUGGAGAAAAGGGGAUUGAUGUCGAUGCUGAAAGUUGUGCAGUGUGUAUUGAAAAUUUUAAAGGAAGGGACGUUAUCAGAAUUCUGCCAUGCAAGCAUAUUUUUCAUAGAAUAUGCAUUGACCCAUGGCUUUUGGAUCACCGCACGUGUCCAAUGUGUAAACUUGAUGUCAUCAAAGCCCUGGGAUAUUGGGGCGAGCUUGAGGACGUGCAGGAGGUGACUGCCCCAGAAUCUUCCCCUGGGGGUGUCUCGGCUGCAGAUCUGAGUCUCUCGGUACCGGACGGCGAGAGAAGUGACACUGGCAGCUCUGAGUCGCCCUCCACCAGUGACCCUGUGCUGCCCUGUGCCGCCGGCUUUAAGGACGAUGCAGGUGAAAACACAGCCUUGCUGGAGACAGGCAGGAGCAACACUCAGCGUGACGGACCCGCCUGCUAGCGUGCAACCUGUGGACCAUGUCACGGACAGAGCCUAGGCUCGAAUUAAAGGACAUUUUAUUUUUGUUACUUUAGUGCAUAGUUUGUAUAUGUGAAAAUAAUGUACAUUCUUUUACCUUUCAGGUUCUAAUUUGGUAUACAAAGAGCUCAGAUAUUUUAUUCUUUCAAGAGACUUUUUGAUUAGUCGUGAUAUAUUUAUCUAUUGAAAUGUGUCAUAAGAUGAUUCUGUCUUCUCAAGGCUGGUUCUAGCCUAAGCACGUUGACUUUAGACUAGUUGAAAUGGAGUUGCGUGGUUAUAUUCAGUAAUCGGUCAUUCGAGUUUCCCUGGAGGAAAGACUUUCUUUGAACAUUAAGCUUGUCAACGUGAUGAGAGACGUCCGUUGCUUUCCUGCACCUCUGUACUUUAGAGAGAUCUCCAAACCCGAGAGCACUUUCAUUGUUGUUUUUUAAGUUUGGAAUUAUGAGAAAAGUACUGGUGGGCUUGAGUAAUUUCUUUUCUCCCUUUUAUUACCUAAUUUCUUCUAAUAACCUUGAUGGGGAGGGAAGUUUUGUCCCUUUUUUCUACAAAUAAAAAAAGCUGUCACAUGCGGCAUCAAGUUCUUCAUUGCUUGUUAAGGAAAUGGAGCAGACAGACUCUGGGUUAUUUGGGGGAUUUUUGGUUGU